ACUAUUCAUGGAGUGUUCAGUUGAUGCUGAGCUUUUGUAGGAUAAACAUUUUACCUUUGUAAGAAGUAAACUUGUCAGCAAGAGUGAAAGACACAGAAGAGAGAAACAAAAAAUUAAUCUCAUCGAUAUUGAGCCAACAAAAGUACCGUUUAAUCCUUUUUACACAAUUCAAUUUUAGCUUUUAAUUGUUAUUUUACCAUUGACAAUAAACACGUACAAUUAAAUAUAAAACAAUGUGAAAAGAAACGAAAAAAUUGAUCAAGUUUUCAAGACAAUCGGACGAAAGAUGUUAAAAUAUGGUUUAAGACGAGAAACAAAGUGAUGGAAAAAGUAUGAGUCAAAGUGUGAAAAAUCCUUUGGAGGGAAACAAGUGAAUAAAAAAGUCAACAAAACCAUUUUCAACUCGUGUAACAAAGUGAUUUUACCAUCUUUUUAGACAGACCAACAAUUUUUGAAAUGUUAACAAUCAACAUUUUUUGUGAUUUAUGCUGUUCAAUUAAUAGUUAUUUUAAAUUUUGUUAAUGGCUGCAUCUCUCUUUGUGGUUAUGUACUUUUAAUAUCAACAAGUAACUAUUGGACAAGAAAAGUCAGACCAUUGGCUCAAUUUUACUCUUGUAUCGUCUGUUUACCGUUCAUUUAUUUUUAGUCGUUUGGUCCAUCAUGUCACCGCACCAAUUGUUGACCCUGUUUCUGUUGACUCUAUCGACAUGGGCAUUACUGUUGUUUUCAAUCUCAAGUGGAGUUCGCUUGGGUUUGGUUGGUUCUACCGAGGACAUUGUUCACCAUCACCGGUACAAACAUAGAGUUGGACCUCACUCUUGCCCUCGAUGUCGUGAUCUUUCAACUCGUAAUAUAUCGAUAGCCGUUUUAGCACCAAACAACGAUUCACUUCCGUACUCGUUGAACAAAAUUUUACCUUCCAUCAUUUACGCAGUUAAAUCAUUACAAAAAGUUCCCAAUCUUAGUGCAAUUGCCAAUCGGUCCAUCAACAUACUUUACCGAGAUUCAGAUUGUUCAUCAACCACUGGUCCCUUGGCUGCUUUCGACUUUUACAUUGAAGGAAACGCCGACGUCUUUUUUGGUCCCAUGUGUCCCUAUGUUUUGGCUCCGGUUGCCCGUUACUCUGCCGUCUGGGAUAUUCCUUUACUAACCUCGGGUGGACAAAAUGACAAUCUUGACCACAGAUUUCCCACUUAUCGAACAUUGACUCGAAUGAAUGGUUCUUAUUCACAGAUUGGUAUUAUAUUGCUUCAAAUUUUACGCAAAUUUCACUGGCAAGUUCUCGGAAUGUUGUAUCACAAUUUCAAGGAUCGAACCAAAGGCAAUUCAGCUUGCUAUUUCACAUUAGCAGCAGUUUUUGCCAUUCUCGGAACUCGACCUUUCCAUCGAGAUUUUGAUCAAACUGAUCCCGAAACGGAUUACAAAAGGCUUCUCGAAGAGAUUUCAAAAAGUGCAAGGAUUGUUGUCAUGUGUGCUUCAUCGGAUUCAAUCAGAGAGAUCAUGUUGGCUGCUGAUGAUCUUGGAAUGGCUGGAAGUGGUGAAUAUGUUUUCUUUAGCAUUGAACUUUUCACAAGUAAACAAGAAUCUCGCCGUCCCUGGUUUCGUGAGGAUGAUACAGACGAACGCAAUGAAAAGGCGAAACGCGCUUACGAAGCAUUACUGACAGUGACAGCAAGAGUUCCAGACACUCCAGAGUAUGCAAGGUUUGCCAAGGCAGUCAAGGAAAUAGCCGCUCAAAACUAUGGCUACGAUUAUAAGCAAGAAGAAGUCAAUACUUUUGUAACUGCUUUUCAUGAAGCUGUAAUUUUAUAUGCAAUUGCUCUUAAUGAGACAAUAAGUGAUGGUUAUAAUAUAACCAAUGGCACUAUUGUGACCAAAAAAAUGUGGAAUCGAACCUUUGAAGGUAUUACUGGUAAUGUUUCAAUUGAUGAAAAUGGAGAUCGAAAUGCUGAUUAUUCGCUUCUCGAUAUGGACCCGAAUUCGGGUAACUUUGAGGUUGUGGCCAAUUAUUUUUCCGUUAAUCGGGAAGUAGUCGAUGUUCCUGGUAAACGAAUCCAUUGGUCGGGUGGACGGGAAACGGCACCACCUGAUACACCUGAUUGUGGCUUUGAUGGAUCCAUUUGUAUAGAUGAAGAUUAUCCUCAUCAUGGAAUAAUUUCUGCCAUUUUAAGUGCUCUUCUAAUUGCCUUGUGCAUAUUAUCAUUCUUAAUUUUUAGACAUUAUAAACUAGAGGCUGAACUUGCCUCAAUGAGUUGGCGAAUCAAAUGGGAAGACAUUUUAACGAAUGACAAGAAUCGAAGAGGCAAAAAGCUUGGAUCAAUAAGCAGCAUUAAUCGUCCAAGUGUAACGUCAACAACAUCUUCUGAGACGAUAAACGCUGUUGACAUUGGAAGGCAACAUUUCAUUCGAACAGGCUAUUACAAGGGAACUGUUGUGGCCAUUAAGCCGAUGAGAAAAACCAAAGUCGAAGUAACUCGAAGUUUAAUGUUGGAAAUGAAAAAGAUCAAAGACUUGCAACACGAUCAUAUUGUGCGUUUCAUUGGUGCCUGUGUUGAUCCACCUCAUAUGUGCCUAAUCACUGAAUACUGUCCAAAAGGUAGUCUAAUGGAUAUACUUGAAAAUGAUCAAAUUAAGUUGGAUUGGAUGUUUAGAUAUUCACUAAUGCACGAUAUAGUCAAGGGAAUGUCUUAUUUACAUUCGAGUGAAAUUCGAAGUCAUGGUAAUUUAAAGUCAACUAAUUGUGUUGUUGAUAGUCGAUUUGUCCUUAAAAUAACCGAUUUUGGUUGCCAUCAGUUGAGGAUUCCUGAUGAAAAUUUUGUUGAAGAUGACAAUGUUUACUGGAAACGUAAACUAUGGACAGCUCCUGAACUACUCAGACUAUCCAAUCUACCCUUUGAAGGAACCCAGAAAGGUGAUGUUUACUCGUUUGGAAUAAUCGUCCAUGAAAUUGUUUGUCGUAAAGGAACCUUCCAUUUAGGAGUCAAUAGUUUGUUAACACCACAAGAGAUUGUUGAAAAUGUUAAAAAUAGUCCCAAGCCCGGUUUUCGUCCAAAUAUACAAAAUGAUGCUUGUGAUGACGAAGUUAUCCAAUUAAUGCAACGAUGUUGGUCUGAAGAUCCAGUUGAUAGACCAGAUUUUCAAGCUCUCAAAUCUGUUAUUCGUCGACUUAACAGAAGCAAUGAAAGUGGAAACAUUUUGGAUAAUUUGUUGUCACGUAUGGAACAAUAUGCUAAUAAUUUGGAAACACUUGUUGAGGAACGAACAGCAGAUUAUUUGGAGGAAAAACGUAAAGCUGAAGAUUUAUUGUACCAAUUGUUACCCAAAUCGGUUGCCAGUCAGUUGAUCAAAGGAGAUGCAGUAACUGCUGAAGCAUAUGACAGUGUAACAAUCUAUUUCAGUGAUAUAGUUGGGUUCACAUCGCUUUCAGCUCAAAGUACCCCAAUGCAAGUUGUCACAUUGCUGAACGAUCUUUACACUCACUUUGAUUCAAUUGUGGAAAAUUUUGAUGUUUAUAAGGUUGAAACUAUUGGCGAUGCUUAUAUGGUUGUUUCUGGUUUGCCUACACGAAAUGGAAUCUUACAUGCACGAGAAAUUGCUAGAAUGUCGUUAACUCUUCUCAAUGCAGUUAUGUCUUUUACAAUUCGACACAGGCCUGGUGAGCAACUCAAGCUGCGGAUAGGUGUUCACUCAGGUCCUUGUGUUGCUGGAGUAGUUGGUCUUAAAAUGCCUCGUUACUGUCUUUUUGGUGAUACUGUCAAUACUGCAUCUAGGAUGGAAUCGACAGGAAUGCCGUUAAAAAUUCAUGUCAGUCCUAAAACUAGAGAACUAUUGUUGAGGAUUGGUAAUUUCAUUCUUGAUCUGCGAGGAGAAGUUGAAAUGAAGGGCAAAGGAAUUAUGACAACUUACUGGCUUUUAGGCGAAACUGAUGGCAAUGGCAAGACUAUCAUCUCUGCUCCAACAAUCAAUGACGACAUUGUAAAAGAGACUAAUUUGUAAUUUUUUAAAUAUUGUAUAGCGUUUCUUAGAGUAAAUAAUUAUUAAAUUACAAUUGUUGUAUAUUUA